UGAACGUUACACAACACCGUUCUUUUCAGAUGUUGCCUUGCAUAUAAAACAUCGUUCCUUUUUUGCAGUUUAAUAAUAUUUGCAAACAAACCGGAAACUCUAACAACAAUAACAAACAAUGUCUCGUUUCUUUGCCAACGGUUCCGACUCGGAAUCCGAGUCCAGUGAGGAGGAGGUUCAGGCGCCCAAUUUCAAUAAAGCCACCGCCUUUCAAUUUAGCGACGAUGAGGAGGAAGUGAAACGUGUCGUGCGCUCCACUAAGGAAAAACGUUAUGAGAAUCUGACGGCUAUCAUUAAAUCCAUUAGGAACCACAAGAAGAUUAGGGAUAUCUCAAAUACUUUAACAAGUUUUGAAGAUUUGACCAAGGCGUAUCAGAAGGCAUUACCAGUCAUUUCAAAGGAGGAGAAUGGCAUUACGCCCCGUUUCUAUAUCCGCUGCCUGGCCGAAUUGGAGGACUUCAUCAAUGAGGUGUGGGAGGAUCGCGAUGGACGCAAGAAUUUGUCCAAGAACAAUGCCAAAUCCCUGGGCACACUGCGUCAAAAGGUGCGCAAGUACAUCAAGGAUUUCGAAGAUGAUUUGUCGCGUUUCCGUGAGAAUCCCCAGGAGGAGAGCGAAAAUGAGGAUGAGGAGGCUGCCGCCCAUGACAGUGAUGGUGGUCUGGAUGCCGGUUCGGAUAUAGAGAAGCGUGAACCAACUGUAGCUGCAACGAAAUUGGCCAAAUCGGUGCCCAGUAAAUUGCCAGUGGCAGAUGAUGAGGAUUCCGAUGAAUCCAUUGAUUGGGAUCCCGAUACGGAAUCAGAAACUGAAUCAUCCGAGGAUGAAAAUCAAUAUCAAAAUAUGCGUGAACGUUUCUUGAAGCGUUCCACUGAAAAGGAUGACAAGGACGAUGACAAACGUAAGGACAAGCGUAAGGAGCAAAAGAUCAAGUUACGUAAGCGUGCCGAAGAUGAAGAUGGUGAAGGCUGGGAAACGGUGGUCAAGGGACACGUAGUGGAGAAACCCAAAAUGUUUGAAAAGGAUGCGGAAAUAGAUAUUCCUUUGGUGCUUGCCAAGCUCCUGGAGAUUAUGUCCGCCCGCGGCAAGAAACGUACUGAUCGUCGUCUGCAAAUUGAUUUGCUCUUUGAGCUGCGUGACAUUUCGGAUCAACAUGAACUGGGCGUCCCGAUCUCUGUGAAGAUUCAUUUCAAUAUUAUUUCGGCCAUUUUUGAUUAUAAUCAAAAGAUUUCGGAACCCAUGAAGCUGGAGCAUUGGGCUCUACUUCUAGAGGUCAUGCAGAGCAUGAUGAAACUACUUCUGGCCAAUCCUGAUAUUCAACUGAGUGAAUCCGUGGCUGAGGAACAUGAGGAAUACAAUGCUACGCCAUAUCUCAUACGUGGAUGUCCUUUGGCUGCUGUCGAGAGAUUGGAUGACGAGUUCACCAAGUUAUUAAAGGAAUGCGAUCCCCAUUCCAAUGACUAUGUAUCUCGCUUGAAGGAUGAAAUUAAUGUGGUCAAGACUAUUGAGCUGGUCCUCCAAUAUUUCGAGGUGAAUGGCUCCAAUAAUGAGAGAUGCCGCAUCUAUUUGCGUAAGGUUGAGCAUUUGUACUACAAAUUCGAUCCGGAAGUGUUUAAGAAGAAACGUGGAGAUAUUCCCAAUACCACGCAAACAUCGGUGGAUAUAAUGGAUCGUUUGUGCAAGUUCAUUUAUGCCAAGGAUGAUACCGAUCGCAUACGCACCCGGGCCAUUUUGACUCACAUCUAUCAUCAUGCCAUGCACGAUAAUUGGUUCCAGGCACGUGACUUGAUCCUUAUGUCCCAUCUGCAGGAUAAUAUCGAUGCGGCGGAUCCCUCAACAAGAAUUCUCUACAAUCGCAUGAUGGCCAAUUUGGGAUUGUGCGCCUUCCGUCAGGAGAACGUUAAGGAUGCCCAUCAUUGUCUGGUCGAUUUGAUGGUCACUGGCAAGGCCAAGGAACUGUUGGCCCAGGGACUGUUGCCUCAGCGUCAACACGAGCGCAGUGCCGAGCAGGAGAAAAUCGAGAAACAACGUCAAAUGCCAUUCCACAUGCACAUCAAUUUGGAGCUGCUUGAGUGCGUCUAUUUGGUGUCGGCCAUGCUGCUGGAAAUCCCGUAUAUUGCAGCCCAUGAAUUUGAUGCACGUCGACGCAUGAUCAGUAAGACCUUCUAUCAGCAAUUGCGAUCUUCCGAGCGUCAAUCCCUGGUGGGUCCCCCCGAAUCUAUGCGCGAGCAUGUGGUGGCCGCCGCCAAGGCAAUGCGUUGUGGCAACUGGCAGGCUUGUGCUAACUUCAUUGUCAACAAGAAGAUGAACACCAAGGUAUGGGAUCUGUUCUAUGAAUCGGAUCGUGUACGUGACAUGUUGGUAAAGUUCAUUAAGGAGGAAUCGCUGCGCACCUAUCUGUUCACCUACUCCAAUGUCUAUACCUCGAUUAGCAUCCCAUCGCUGGCGGAGAUGUAUGAGUUGCCUGUGCAGAAGGUUCAUUCUAUUAUCAGCAAAAUGAUUAUCAACGAGGAACUUAUGGCCAGUCUGGAUGAUCCCUCCGAGACUGUGGUUAUGCAUCGUUCGGAGCCUUCACGCCUGCAGGCUUUGGCUAUGCAAUUUGUCGAUAAGGUCACCAAUCUGGUGGAUGUCAAUGAGAAGGUGUUUGACAUGAAGCAGGGCAACUUCUUCCAGCGCGGCAAUAUGGGCAAUCGUGGUGAUCGUGGCUACAAUCGUAACCAGAAUAACCAGGGCGGCAAUUGGGGUGGCCAGCGUCGCGAUAAUCGCAAUCAGCGCAAUCGCAACCAACGUGGACAUCACAAGAACCAGCAGAACCAGAAUCAGCAACAACAGCAGCAGCAUCAGCGCGAACAACAACAAGUCCAGACCAUCGACGAGGAGUAGACACCACCACCACCACUGCCAGAGAACGCCAUCGCCUCCAUUCCACAAAGCUCCCCACGAUCUGAGCAAGAAAAUUGGAUUGGAAGAAAAUGUCCCUGUCAUGGCCCUAUCUUGAUCUUGACUGUCACAAGACCUCCGAUUCGAAUGCUAUUCGGAUCGGAGGUCAAGCUCAAGAUAAAUUUGUUGUUAGUCUACCAUAUUUAAAAAACAAUUCAAAAACAUUUUCACAUUUUGUAUCAACACUUGUAAAAGAUAGAAAAAAGAUAACGAGAAGAACAAACUCCCAAGAAAAGAAAAAAAAACCUCGAAAUUCUGAAGUUUUAUUUGAUAAUAUACACAUUAAAAAAUUCCAAAGGACUUAAGUCUAUAAUUAA